AUGGCUUCCACCGGUAUCGACUAUGGAACUUCGAAGUACCACGAGAAAGGCGUAAAGGUCGAUCCAGAGAAUAAAGGCUUACCGGAAUAUCGCCGCAACUCCAUUGCGGUAUCCGUGCAAACGGUUCGUGACUCGACCCAUCGCAAGCUCAAACCGCGCCACAUUCAGCUCAUUGGCAUCGGUGGAACCAUUGGCACAGCUCUUUACGUGCAAAUUGGCAGAGGGUUGAUGAAUGGCGGUCCUGCGAGCUUGUUUCUCGCUUUCUCGAUAUGGUGCACUUUUAUCCUCGCUGUUACCCUAUGCAUGGCUGAAAUGGUGUCGUACCUGCCCAUCUCUUCGCCCUUUAUCCGAUUUGCUGGUCGCUACGUGGACGAAGCUUUUGGAUUCGCUGCAGGCUGGAACUUCUUCAUAUUCGAAGCUGCCUUGGUGCCUUUCGAGAUUGUAGCAUGCAACCUCAUCAUCCAUUUCUGGAGUGAUAUCGUGCCUACAGGAGCUAUCAUCGCAAUCAUCCUCUUUCUAUAUGGCUUGAUCAACAUGCUCGCUGUUAAGUGGUAUGGCGAGACCGAAUUCUGGGCAGCGCUGGGAAAAGUCCUUCUCAUCAUUGGCCUCAUCAUCUUCACCUUCAUCUCCAUGCUCGGCGGCAACCCCAUCAAAGACCGCUACGGCUUCCGCUACUGGAACAACCCCGGCUCCUUCGCCGAGCUCUAUCGCGAAGGUAACCUCGGCCGCUUUCUAGGCUUCCUACAGUGCCUCAUCCAAGCCUCCUUCACCAUCGCAGGACCGGAUUACGUCAGCAUGGCGGCAGGCGAGGCAGAGAACCCGCGCAAAAUCAUGCCCAGAGCGUACAAAGCUGUUUUCUACCGCCUUACCGCGUUCUUCGUCCUGGGAAGUCUUUGCGUGGGCAUCAACGUGCCGUACGAUGACCCGGAGCUGAAGGCUGCGUUUAAGGAAGGAAAGCCCGGCGCGGCAGCGAGUCCAUACGUUGUUGCUAUGAACCGUCUACGCGUCGAGGGUCUCCCGCACAUCGUCAACGCCAUGGUUCUCGGCGCCGCCUUCUCCGCCGGCAACUCCUACGUCUACUGCGCCUCGCGGUCUCUCUACGGGCUCGCGCUCGAGGGCAAAGCGCCAAAGUUCAUGACAAAGUGCACGAGGCAGGGCGUCCCGUUCUACUGCGUCGCCGUCGUGCUGGUCUUCGCGUGUCUGGCGUUCCUCAAUUUGGGAAACAACUCCGCGGUCGUGCUGGACUGGUUCGUCGCGCUGGUCACGGCGUCGCAGCUCAUCAACUUCAGCGUCAUGUGCUUCACCUUCCUCGCGUUUUACAAGGCGUGCCAUGUCCAGGGCCUCGAUCGAAGUACGCUGCCGUUCAGAGCCCCGCUUAUGCCGUUCGCGGCGUACUACGGGCUCGUAGGUUGCUUUAUCAUGGCGUUCGUGGGCGGGUACACCGUCUUCAUCGAUGAUAAUUGGAAUAUUCCUGACUUCUUGUUCGCAUAUAUGAUGAUCUUCAUCUUCCCCGUUCUGUACAUCGGCUGGAAGCUCCUCCAUAAGACGAAGUACAAGAAGGCGCAUGAGGUCGAUCUGCAGGAGGAUCUUGAGGAGAUUGAGGAGUACACGAGGAAUUUUGUAGAGACGAAGGAUCAGAAUGCGUUUAAUAGGUGGAUGGAUAAGAUGUUUGGCUAG